AGACAUUUUGCGAAGGGACGGGAAAGGGAAAGGGAGUGGAGUGAUUGGGGGCGGGGGAUGGGGGCCAUCGAGGCAUCGAGUUCAGCUGAAUCAUCGGCCAUCGACGAAGGCGCAUGACGUUGGAUUGUCCAGAGCUGGCCGCCGUGCUUCACAUGUAGGUUGCAGCUCGUUUAGUGUAGUUUCACAUUUUCGGUGGCAAGUGUGAUGGCAUCAGCUGCCAGGCAAGGUGUGCAGAGAUCGCUGGCCUCGUGCUCGAGAGCAGCGGUACGGUUUUGUAACAAGAGCGGCCCACAAAAUUCCAGCAGUGGCUCCAGUUUCGCCUCUCGCUUGCAAACCUGUAGUGAAUCUAAUGUAGGAACCAGGACAGGAUCAUUCACAGCUCCACGGUCGCCCACUGCGAGCUCUUCUUCUCCGUUUACUGCAAGUCGAUCCUCGCCUUCUUCACCAAUUGGCGGUCGGAGUUUUGCUUCUCAAAUUGUCAGACUACCUGGAGAGAUCGGAGUCUUGCAGUCUAUGAUGCCCCUCUACAGUGCAACAGCUAACUCGAGGCUGGUUUCGAGAAUUGGCACGAAUGGAGAUUCACCUAUUCUUCAGGGUACGCUCACGCACAUCUCCCCAGAGCUCUAACAUUCAGGCUGAAUGUUUCCCCCGCUACUAAACAUGAUGAAGACGGUACAUAGCGCAGAGGACCAGCCCUGGACGGGUUAGUGGAUGACUUUCACACUCAGUACAGUCUUGAAUCAAGUACUGCACGGCUGAUCCUAUGCCAUGCCGUUUGCCUAGAUGACUUCGAUGGCACGUGACGACCCGCAUGGUAUUCAAGGACGAUAUGCAGAAGCCGAAAGCUUGUCACACCUAAAGACAUUCUCUUGUAGGCAGAGGUUUGAUCACAGUGUUUACUCUGGCAGCAUUGAUUUCAAUCAAUGUGCACAAAGUCCUUGUGGAAGCGGAUCAUUGAAAGCAAAAUUUAAUUCUUGAAUUUGUUGGAUAUCCAUGGCUAGCUUUGUCAAUGCGAAUGGACCAGAACAUCAACCAAAGCUCAUGCAGGUGCAAUCUCACCUGUCACCAAGAAUACAUUCCGCACGGUCGUAUGAUGGAACUCCACAUCUGAAUUGCUGGAAUAGCAUAGUACAAGUUGAUUGUGCAAGAACUGAAGCAAUUGAGUUUCCGGACUUGUUUAUGUACAGCCUACAGUUCAAUUGUUUCAAUAGUGAAUGCAAAUUUGUCCAUUCGCGAGGUAACUGCUGAUGGCUGGCUUUAGGGCCUGGUUAGCUGGACUGACGAAGGAAAGUGAUACCUUGCUACUCAGUUACGUUGAACUAGAAAUGCAAAUUCUCUGUUUCACAGCUAUUACUUAAUGAAGUGUUAUGAUUGUCGCUCGGGACGACUGAGCUACCUUC